UCUAGUCCGGUUUUGUUGAAGUUCGAUGAUGAAAAAAGGUUUAUUAUUUGGUUUUGAUUUGUAAAACAAAUUACUUAUUAUUUCGUUUCCUCUUCAAACGAUCGAUGGAUUAUCUUCUUCUAACCCAAUUACAUUGUAUGACCAAAUAGAUUGAGUAAUACAUUUUGGCCAAUACAGAUAUCUGCGUACUGGCACAUUACAGCAGCGCUAUUGAUUUGAUUACGCUUCCACGUGUUUUUGUUUACUUUCCUCAUUCGGUUGGCCACCUGUCGGGAAUGCGGCACCGUCACUUUAACCGCUACGUCACGUUAUUACGUUACGAAUCCUUGCCGAUUAUGUGUGCGUGUUUUUUCUGUUGAGUGUGUGUUAAUGUCUGUGAGAAGCAGGAUAGCAAUUUGCUUCCACUCGACGAAGGGGAUGACAUUUGUAGGGAUUGAAGUCAGUCAGACAGCUGUUGUUUACGUCGUUUUAAAACCGAUGAUGAAACAAACCGAAUAGCCGCAGAAUGUCGCACAAGCAUCGGUAGAGCAGAGUUUUGCAAAGGACAAGGGAAAACCCGACAGACUUCGGUGAAUCCGAACGCUUGCCUAUUGGGGACACGCAUGCGCCGCCCGACGGUGGACUGGUUUCGGGGUCGAAUGGCUACGGUGUUUGGCGAUGCAAUGCAACCUAUCCACCCCGGAGGCGACGCCAUCCGGCUAUGACUUUCGAAAACUUUUACAUCACAGGUUACAAUUGAAAUGUUUUGCAGCAGAGAUAGUUUUAAUUUUAUGGAUGUUUCAUAUAUAACUUAUAUAGUCCCAAAUGAUGCAACACACGAUUUAGAUACUUUUCUGCUAGUGUGGGAUGCAUCCUUACAACGAAGAUAGAUAUAUUGAUUUUUGCCAAAUAUUCAACAUUUUACUCUCGGGGCCUACAGACACGUAUACCUCUACCUAUGGUCGGCAGUAUUUUAUGUACCAUUGAAUUGAAAAGACCGCAUAUUUAGCUUCUGUUGUUGUAUCAGUUGUGUUAAGGAAGUAAAACUAAAAAUCCAUCCUUGUCUACUAACAGCAAAAGAUUGGAAGCCCAUACAGUGAUAAACAUUUUUCAUCUCCACAAACAUUGGAAACAAGCGAAGGAUAAUUAGUGUACCUAAUACCUACGUAGCGAGCACCACUAGAGCUUUUUCCUUCGUCAAAUUGCUAGUUGAGGAUAGGGUGUGACUACUCUUGUCAAGCAAAGCACACUGAUUCUUUCGCUACACCUUAAACUUAGCAUUCUUUUGAGUUGUCUUACUUAUAGUGCGGCUACGGCCAAUUCUCCUACCGAGAUGCGCGACAUUGCGGCUCGGAUCUGUCGGGACUAUCUGACCGGUGCCUGGAAAACCAUAUCCGCCGAUGAGCUGCAGCUGAAGCGAAUUAGCGGUGGGCUCUCCAACUUUCUGUACUACGUCAGCCUGCCGGAACAUCACUAUUACAGCAACAAUAACAAUGGUGGUACGAAAUCGAACCCUGGCUCGCGUAGAGGUUCCUUCGCUACGGAACGUCACACCGUCACAAAGACGUCCAGCAACAACAAGCCACGGAAUGGUAGUAAGCGUGCCCGUAAGGAUAGCUGCACCGGUAUGCUAGAACCGAAGGAGGUGCUGUUAAGAAUAUACGGCCAAACCCAUGGUGAACACGCGCUGGAAACAAUGCUUACCGAAUCGGUAGUGUUUACGCUUCUAAGUGAACGCAAACUCGGCCCGAAACUGCACGGUAUCUUUCCUGGUGGACGUAUCGAACAGUACAUACCGGCGCGGGCCCUGCUGACUGCCGAACUGAGCGAUACCAAAAUUUCGCUCAAAGUCGCAGAAAAGAUGGCUGCCAUCCACAGCAUGGACAUACCAGUUUCGAAGGAACCGGACUGGAUCUGGAACACGAUGAACCGCUGGCUGAAGGGCGUUACGGGAACGCUCAAAACGCUGGAACGCGAUCGAGCGAAUGGCAAUGUGAAGAAGGGCAACGGGGACGAAACGGGCCGGUCCGAUGAGGACGAACGCAUUCUAACCGAGAUGGAUCUGGCGGGUGAGGUUGAGUGGUUACGAUCGGUGGUUGAGAGCGAAGAUUUUCCGGUCGUGUUUUGUCACAACGAUUUGCAGGAAGGCAACAUACUGCUGCGACAAGAUUAUCCGUCGAUGCAUGACAAUUCCUAUCGCGAAUGCACGACUUUGGAUAACUUUGACGAAUCGACCCAGCUGGAUUCGCAUUUCAGUAGCAUCCUAAUAUCGAACGGAGUGGUGUCAAACAAUGAAUCAAUUAAUCCAUCGGACGGUGGCAAUAUGAAUCUUAACCGCAUUUCACGGAAACGUUCGUUGGAUCAUGAUUCAAUGGAGAACGAUCUGGAUAAUACGCGCGAUUCCGUGCUGAGCGGCAACUCGCAGGCCCUUUCGGAUGCAAACUCCGCUGCGGACGGUGAACCAGAACUGAUGAUCAUUGACUUCGAGUACUGUGCCUACAAUUAUCGCGGUUUCGAUUUAGCCAACCACUUCCUCGAGUAUACGUUCGAUUACACCAAUGCGCAGGCACCGUAUUUCUACCACAAACUGGACCAGUAUCCUUCCGUCGAACAGCAGGAGAAGUUCAUCGUGCAGUACCUGAGUCACCUAUCGGCACCGAUGGACGAUGGUCUGGAGAUUAGCGAUCGUGACGAUCCUACCGAGGAGGAAGAACGCCCGAAAGUGAGUUCGAUGGGAGGCAGUGAAAUUGACGAGAUUGAGCAGGUCCGUCGGGAAGUGCAGUGCUUCACCAUGGCGUCUCAUCUGUUCUGGAGCCUUUGGGCAAUCGUGAACGUAUAUCAGGAGAUCGAGUUUGGCUACAUGGAGUACGCAAUUUGCCGACUAAAGCAGUACCAGCAAGCGAAACAGAGCUACAUUGAAACGAUGCACAUCGGCAGUCCUGGAGAGCAAACUCCACCCGUGGAUCCAGAAAAAUGAGUUGAGCGCAACUGAAGAACGAACGGCGGGGGGUUUGUUGGAAGAGGGGAGUGGCGUGCCGGGAAAGGUUGAUGUGAAAAGAAAGAUUUUACAUUGAGACAAAUUUUGAAUCUCGUACCGGUCACUUUCAGAUAUUGUUCGAAAAAAAAACUGUCGUUUCAUCUGACCAUCGCUCACCCUUUUUCCCACGCCCGUCAGAGGCUGUGCUUGUGUCUGAAUUAAUUGGCUGUAAGACUCUUGAGUAAACUAUUGAAACAAACAAAAAACAAAUCUUACCAGUUAUCAAAGGCCGAGAUUAUCAAUGCAAUCGGGGUUUCGGCUUAUUUCGCGUAUUUUCCAGCGAGCAGCUCAUAAAUGCACGCACACGCUCACUUGCGGUAGCACAGACGCCAUGUUGGAACAGAGAGCGUUAAUUAGUUUUAGUACAUGAUGAAGAAGAAGGUCCUGGGAGAUAAACGAUAGUUUUCGGUUGUAAAGAACGCGCGAUACAGUGAGCAAUGUUGCCAAGAUUUUGAAAGGGGUUAUGGCGGUCAUAGGAGAAUAGCGCGAUAUUAGGAAAUGUCCAAAGCGGUUGUCAUUGUUGUGAAACAGUAUUAGUUGCUAUAACGAGAUGCUAACUUCUGUGGUAAUUCUUAGAUUCUAUGUACAUGUCCUAUCGGGUUUUGGUUUGCUCAAUUACAACUGCUACUAUCCGUUAUGGCUAUUUAUUUUCCUUUUUUGCUGUACAUAUACUUUAGUCACAGAAUUCGUGGAUGCAGUGUACUACCAUAAACGCGACUGUCUCCCAUGACGGUCUCUUGUCAAAUGUCGCAAAACAAUUCACGCUGGCGUGUUCUGCAUCAAGUUGGCCGGGAAAGAUAUUUUCAAUGCUAAUCAACUGUUCUUCUAUACAAGAAACCACAUCCUGAGCAAAAGGUGAUAUGACGAAUUUAUACCGAUAUAACGUUUGUCUGUUUUUACUAUUUUUAAUUUCGUGCUUAAACAAAGGAGAAGUUUGUAAUUUUGCAAUAAAUGUGUAACAUUUUGAUUUCCAGCUUUAUAUUAUUACGAUUUUAGCACUAGAAUGUGUGUUUGUGUAUCGCGGUGUGUGAAGUUUAGCGAAAUAGUUGAUGUGUGAUGUCAAACACAGGAAUAUGUAGGAAAGUGUAGGGCAACUUAUGACUGAUGUUUAGAAGAAGACGCUAAGCCCCGAACUCUAGCUCUGGUAGUUUUAAAGAUGAAGCUAAGAAGGAAUAACAAAUGUUUGAAAGAAAAGUCCACUUUAAAAAGCGCCUAAAACUGCAUACUGUAAAGUUGUGUGUAGUAGUCCCAAACAUAUCGAACACAUAUACGAGCUAUAUAUACUAGUACGGUUUAGGAUAGAAGAUAAUUAACACCGGUGAGAAAUCCAUUCAUGGUCAUGCACUUUCUUUUUAGCAAUCAAAUCUUAACGUACUUGUACAAGUAAACAUCACUUUAAACUGCAACACGACCAAAUAGAAGGGCAUGGUAAAGUUUAACAUUAUUCCAUUUCCGCAAUUUGUUAAGAAGCAGAACAACACAUUUGGGCCUAAUGCAGAGUAAUUUGGGAAGCGUACGAACGAACAUAUGUUAUUUAGCUAGCGCUAGCGUAAUCGACAACGCGUACAAAAGGAACCAUUAUCAUCGGUUCAGCGUUUCGUAGUGUAAUUAGAAAAUCUUUCACACUCCUUUAUGCUUAUAUACAAUAAAUAUCUUUUCAGUACACCUUUAA